CUCGUCUUCGCGUUUACUGUUUUAGGCUCGAAACUUGCGUUGGGAGCCUAGGGUUUAUUGCUGCUGGGGUUUUGGGUCGUCGAUAACAGAAAGCUAGUAGAGCCAAGCCAGCGUCGACGCUUUCUAGCUUCUACCCAUGAGACAUUUCCUGGUAAGGGAACGUUUUUGAGUUUUUGUUCUGCUACCUUUCUCAGAUGUCGCCUUCACGGCUGUUGAAGCAAAUUGGAAGUACUAAAUGCAAAUUUUCGUUCCAGAAGCAAGAAAAGUGCUUUUGAACUUGUAGAAGACGAUUGCUUUCUUAUUUUCCCAUCUCGAUCAAUUGUUUUAGAGAUUGAUUCGAUGUUCCUUGGCAGAGAAAGUUUGGAGUAUCUAACGGAGAUCCUCUCAUUCGGGCUGUAGCUUUGGCUGCUGCUGGAUCGGGGGUCUUGUACUUCAAGAGCGACAAGGGUUCUAUGUAACAGGUUCAUGAUACUGGCCGAGGUCCUCUGUAGUGUUCGACAAGUAUGGUUUCCAGAUGUCAGGUUUCAAUAUGCAAGAUUCCAUAAUCCUCAGUAUAACAAGCUGACGGAUUUGGUGAGAACUGAGAAGGGGUUGUGUCUCCAACUAGAGCAAAGAAAGGGUAAGAUACUACCUUCAUCAGAAAAAAGAGACGGGGAGGGAGGAGGAAGAGAUCAUUCUCACCAUUUGAAGAUUCAUGGAUACUACCAUGGCGAAGCAUGCAAGGGAUGAUUCCUUUUCCUUCAUUUGAUUCGUGGAACUGUUCCCUAUCGGGAAAUCUUCCGUUAUUUUUUUCUAGAGUUGCCUCUAGCCCACCAGCCAAUAUAAAGAAGGAAGCUUCAGGGGAGGUUGGAGAUGGUUCAAAAUGUUGUUCUGGGUGCUUGGGCAGGAAUACUAUUGCCACUGCAGCAGCUAGGGUUGGUCCUGCUGUUGUUAAUCUAUCAGUUCCCCAGGGUUUUAGUGGAUUGACUUUGGGAAAGAGUAUAGGCUCUGGAACCAUCAUUGAUUCUGAUGGUACCAUCCUAACUUGUGCUCAUGUUGUGGUUGAUUUCCAAGGCAUGAAUGCUUCAUCCAAGGGGAAGGUUGAUGUGACCCUGCAAGAUGGCCGGACAUUUGAGGGUACGGUGGUUAAUGCUGAUCUACAGUCUGAUAUUGCGAUUGUAAAGAUCAGAUCUAGAACUCCACUUCCAACAGCAAAGUUGGGCUCUUCAAGCAAGCUUCGGCCAGGCGAUUGGGUGAUAGCUAUGGGUUGCCCCCUUUCACUUCAAAAUACGAUUACAGCGGGUGUUGUUAGUUGUGUUGACCGCAAAAGCAGUGAUUUGGGCCUUGGAGGAAUGCGGAGGGAGUAUUUACAAACAGAUUGUGCAAUCAAUGCGGGGAAUUCUGGGGGACCUCUUGCUAAUAUUGAUGGAGAAGUUGUUGGUGUCAACAUUAUGAAAGUAUUGGCUGCUGAUGGAUUGAGUUUUGCUGUACCAAUUGACUCAGUUUCAAAAAUUAUAGAGCACUUCAGAAAAAAUGGGAGGGUUGUUCGACCUUGGCUGGGAUUGAGAAUGAUUGAUCUUAAUGACAUGAUUAUUGCUCAGCUUAAAGAAAGAGAUGCCACAUUUCCUAAUGUCCAUAAAGGUGUUGUUGUACCUAAGGUAACUCCAGGGUCCCCUGCUGAUCGUGCUGGAUUUCAUCCUGGCGAUGUUGUCAUUGAAUUUGAGGGAAAGCCUGUUGGGGGCAUAAAGGAGAUCAUUGAUAUAAUGGGGGACAAGGUUGGGAUACCCUUGAAGGUAUUAGUGAAAAGAGCCAAUGAUAUUUCGGUGACUUUAACAGUAGUUCCGGAGGAGGCAAAUCCAGAUAUGUGAAGAGUCAUUCUUCUACAAUCUUUCCUUCACUAUUUGUUAUUUGUUUUGUUACUUCGGGUAAUAUUGAUGUCCACACAUAAACUACAAUGGAUUAUGAUACAAAAGAAAAGUACCUGCAUUGAUUUUCUUUUUCCCCCAAUCUUUUCCUCUAUUAUUUUUCCUUCCCUUGUAUUGAAACUGUUCAGCGCUAGUUGGCUGUUUAUGAAUAACAGAAUGGAAGUUAUUUUUUGCUCGUAUUAUUGUAGAAAA